UUUCUGACUUAUUUCUGUCUUGCUGUCUUUCUCCCCCAGUUUGAACGUAAUGACCCUGUCAAUGGACGAAUCACAGAACGUCAGUUUGGAAGUAUGCUACUAGCAUACAGUGGGGUCCAGUCACGCAAGCUUACUCAAAUGCUGAAGAACCUGAAGAAGCAGUUUAAAGAUGCUCCGGGCAUAACUUUUGAAGAACUAGAAAAUUUCUUUAAAUUCCUGAAAAAUGUAAAUGAUGUGGACACGGCCCUGAGCUUCUAUCACAUGGCUGGUGCCUCAAUAGAUAAAGCUACAAUGAAGCAAGUUGCCCGAACUGUGGCACACGUGGAGCUUUCUGACCAUGUCUGUGACGUUGUUUUUGCACUCUUUGACUGUGAUGGUAAUGGAGAGCUGAGCAAUAAGGAGUUCAUAUCCAUCAUGAAGCAGAGGCUCAUGCGAGGCCUGGAGAAGCCUAAGGACAUGGGCUUCACAAGACUGAUGAGAGCCAUGUGGAAAUGCGCCCAGGAAACGGCGUGGGAUUUUGCCACUCCAAAGCAGUAAUCCGUACCUUCUGUGUUUGGCACAGACGAAAGGGCUGGUCGGGGUUUGUUUAUACCAAAUGUUGUAAAGGUAUAUGUUAAUAGCUUUUUGAAAUGCUUGUUUGAAUAACCUUAUAACGGUGCCCAAAUGUUUGACCAAAAACCUAUCAAAUGCAUUUAGCAAGCGAUGGAUCCACUCAGGAUGAAGCUGGUCUUAUUUUACCUUUGAGCACCGCUCAUGUUAGACUGAGAUUCAAAAGUGAACAUAUAAUAUUUGUACAGAGAAUUGCAGGUGCAUGUGAAUUUCUAUUUUGCUGCCUCAUCUUCCUAAGAAAGAGAACACAGAAAUCCUGCGUGCUUCAUGGCAGACAGACUGGGCGGAGGGGUCCAAGGUCACAGUUUGAAUGGAAGGCUCAGCCAAGGAAUUACACCUAGAAGGUCAUUAGUGCCUUCAAGGAAUAUAAAACUCUCAAGUGAUGCUGAUGAAUAUUCCAAGAGUGUGUUUCCAUGUUUAGUAUGCAAGGACUAAAGGGUACGGCGCCAGAGUUAACACUGAUGCAUUGUUUUGUCUUAAUUUUUAUUAAUAUCGCUUAUGAGUGGAUUGUAUAAAAAAACAAUAUUGAAAGCAUCAAAGAAAAUACAAAAAAUUAAACUGAAGUUACUGGCCUCCACCUUGUAGGAUGGUGUUUUAACAUUCAGCUUCCAACAUGGAGAAGGAAGAUCACUUUGCAGCUCAUCAUUUUUGUUUCACCCAGAGUACCGCAGUUAUGGAAAUGAGGAGUUUUGGAGACAGUACAGUAUAGCCAACAUUUUUAAGGACUUAGGAAACACAAUUACUCCACAAAUUCUAACAUGACCUCAAACUUUCUGAAGAAAAAGAAAAGAAAUUGUGAGAUACCCAGUCGUUCGAUUCUGCAGUGUACAGCCAUUGUGGACUGAUGGACUUUGUUUAUCUUUUAUUUUGUGCACACAACCAGAAGGUGCCAUUUAUAGUACAGCACAACAUGUCAGCAGCAGGCCUCGAGCUCAAUUUUAAACCGUGACUUAUUUUAAUGAGUAUAAAUUAAUUUACAGCUUAAUUUCAAACUAUUAUGCACUAUGCAAUUGAUGUUUACUUAUAUUUUGGGCAAUUCUAAUCUGUACUAUUUAAUAAAAAAAUGGAAGAAAGGUUUGGUGUGUAA